CUGUAGGCCCAGCCGAUGGGGAAGUCAGGUCCCAGAGCAGAAGCGUUGGCCGAGGGAAGGCUUAUAUCGGUUGAGUCUGUCCCCCGGCAGCAUUCACCGCCUUGGGAGCUGACACGGGCCGUCCUCCCCCCGCCGCCCCCUGAGCGAGCACCGCCCCGCGGCGGCCCGGCCCCGACCACGCCAGAGGCCGCGGCUUCGGCUCGGAGCGAGCGGCAGGCCGUCAGCCUAGGGGAGGGUGGGGGGGGUAGGAGCCGCCCGCCCCGCCCCCCGGCAGCCAUGGCCUCCGCCGGGCUGUGGCGGCUGAGGAGGCCCUUGGCCGCGGCCUUCAGUAGCGCCGCGGCGGCGGGAGCCGGGCGGCCGUCCCCGCCGGAGAAGCUGACGGUGCGACGGCAGGCGGCGGGCGUCCGAAACAUUAUCUUGAACAACCCGAGGAAGAGAAACGCCCUGUCCCUCUCCAUGCUGCAGUCACUCAGGGAGGACCUGCUGCACGACGUCAAAAGCAAAGACCUCCGAGUUAUCGUCAUUUCAGCUGAAGGACCUGUAUUUUGUUCCGGCCAUGAUUUAAAGGAGCUGUCAAGUGAAGAUGAUGUGAAGUAUCAUUCCCAAGUAUUUGAAAUAUGUGCAGAGGUUAUGACUUUAAUCCAGAAACUUCCAGUACCAGUGAUUGCAAAAGUAAAUGGCUUGGCUACAGCAGCAGGCUGUCAGCUUGUGGCAAGCUGUGACAUUGCAGUGGCAAGUGACAAAUCUCAAUUUGCUACUCCUGGAGUAAACAUUGGACUGUUCUGCUCCACACCAGCUGUGGCCUUGGGCAGAUCUCUUCCAAGAAAGGUUGCAUUAGAGAUGCUUUUCACAGGUGAACCUCUUUCUGCUCAAGAAGCAUUAAUGCACGGGCUUGUCAGCAAGGUGGUACCGGAAGACAAGCUGGAAGAAGAGACCAUGAAAAUCUCUCACAAGAUAUGCGAAAGCAGCAAAUCCGUCCUGGCACUGGGAAAAGCCACCUUUUACAGACAGAUGACACAGGACCUUGAUACUGCUUACAAAAUGACUACUCAGGUCAUGGUAGACAAUUUGACUUUGAGAGAUGGGCAGGAGGGUAUUGAAGCCUUUAUUCAAAAACGUAAGCCUGUCUGGUCACACUCUCAGGAUGAGAAGAAAUGAAUCUUGUCUCUAAGCUAACCUUAGCUGUGCUUUAUGAUUCUACACACAGUUGCCUUUGGGAACUAUAUUUUUUUUCUUACUGAAAGUUAAAUUUCUCUUCUUGCAUAUGCCAAAGACACAAUAAAUUUAUUCUAAGUAUAUAAUAAAUGUUGAGAAAAAUAAUACCAAA